GCUACGAUAGGGGUUUCGAGUUCUUCGCUCUACCGGGUCAGGGUCCCGGCCACGCUCAAAAACGACGCUUCCGAGUUUGGAGCAAAGACCCACCUAAGCCUUUAGGAGCGGCAUCUUACAGUCCGUACCUGCGGUACACCAAUUGCGUGAACAACGUUCUCACAAAGCCUGACUUGGAAGACCGUGAUUCAUCAUGGCUAACUUUACAACGGUGAACUCAUUGGAGGACUUGAACAUCCACCGCAUUCCAGACAAGUAUAUUGGCUACAUCAUGUAUUUCAUCUUGAAAUUUCAAAACGACACGUCGGAGUUUAACAAACCCCAGCUUCGGCGGAUAUUCAAAUUAUCUUACCCUCUUUUUUUAGUCCUGUACAGCUCCUUGUUCGUAACUUCUCUGAUAUCCAAUUUUUGGUUAGUCUUUCGCAUCUACCGCGACAGGCGACCCAAAGAAUCCUUCUACAUCUAUCUGUUCGUUAACGCCCUGAACGACAUUUUCAAGUUGCUGGUCGUGAUGCCGGUGUCCUUAGUCACUCUAUUCCUUCAUAGCUGGGUUUUCGGCAGCUUCAUGUGCUCUGUGUCGCCUAUUAUACAAGAUUUUCCUUUCUACUUGACCCUUCUUACGUUUGUACUGAUCGCCUGCGAUCGGUAUCGAUUCGUAAUGAAUCCUCUAAAACGUCGUCUUCCUCCACUAUUUUGUCUGGCUGGCAUCAGCAUCAUAGCUGGCAUUUUGAUCCUGCCCUACGCCGUCUACACAACGUACAUAGACCUUCAGCAGUAUCUCGGCCGACAGUUCGAAGGUACGGGAAUAUGUGCUCUGAACCUUACGGAGAACAUUGAAGAGUAUAUUCGAGGCCUUUUCAUUGUCCUGUACGCUCUGCCCGUUGCUCUGGUCAUCUACCUCCAUGUCAAAGCGUCUGUCGAAAUUAAAGCUCAAGAGAUGUCGCAGUCUCUUGCUUUGCGUGCUACAAACCGAAGGGAAAGCAAUGGCGAAGAGAAUUCGGUCUGCUCCGUAGCUUCCUCCGUUGUCCCGGACUCCCUGUACAGCACACGUUCUUGCGCCGUUUUUCCUGUGUCGACGAGAGACAACGCUGCUAUCCGUAGCAAGUCGGACGGCAAUCGAGGCCCUUCUGGUUUCUUCAAAGAACCGAAAUCACCCGAAGACUCGAUCGACUGGAUGAAGGAGAGACGCACACAAAACACAAUCAUGAUGCUCGUCACUGUGUACGCAGUUUGCCUUCUACCCCUCAACAUUCUUCGACUGAUCAUCCAUGUGAUUCAUGAGGGCCCCGAGCACAGCGUCCACUUUGACCUCGCCUUUGCUUUCGCUGUGUUAAUUGCAUUCUUACCAACCCUUGGGACCCCGUACUUAUUUAGAGUGUGGUAUAUCAGCGCACACAUGUCGGCAGAUAUGCGCCAGUACAAGAAGCUUCGUCAUAUUUCAGGCACACACGCCGUCGACAACAAAGAGAAAGACAGGAAUAAUUCCAGAGCUUGAGCAUCUGCAGAAUAAACUGUAUGUAGUGUUCCGCGCAAAAAGGCAGGGCACAGCAGCCCUAGUGGGUGCUACAAUGCGUGUUACUCGCCAGAAACAGGAACUGUAAAAAGGGAAACAAGUGAGCAGUCCGACUUGAUACUCUUGGUUAAUGUGGAAGAAAAGUACUAUCGACGGUGACAUCAAGUGUGUGCUAGUGCUCUUUAAUCAUGUCAGUGCGUACUGCAAGAGUGAAAUGCCCUCACUAGCUACGGAUUUGCUACAAUGCAAGAGUGGCUGUGUUGCGCGGGUGUCUUUGUUGAAAUGUGAGAAUCUCAUUCUUGUGUACAAUUACUUCAUCUCGCUGUUACCAUCACGCGCCUAUCCAAUGAGGAAAAUCACCGUGCUUAUACCGUGCUUGCUACUUCACGCAUAGUCUAUUGGUGUUGUAGAUAUGCAAUUGCAAGACUCCAUGGAUACAUUGGACAAGGUUUGUUUAAUGACUUGCUAGUCUGAACUCUCAACGUGAACUGGAUAACUGAUCGUCUUCGCAUGGCCACGGGUUGAGAAGCUCCCAGCACAUCCAGCCCUCCAGGAAAUUCCACCGUCGUCGACCAGGACUAGGUCAUGUAGAGGGACAGCACCUCCUCUACAACAUAUUCAUGAACUCGAAAGAAAACAAAUGCAGAUCUGUUCCUUUUGUAUUUCUCUUUUUCAGUGGCUCUCGCAGCUAUACACGUGAGGGCAAUGAGCUCACCUAGCUGCAACUCUAACAAACUUAUGUUGCAGUUUUUUAUUAUUAUUUAUUUAUUUUUCGCACGUUAAAGGACCGCGAAGCGGUAACGACAUAACGGAGGGUGAGCACUAGAAACUGAAUUAUAAAAUAACAUUAUACAGAUAGAUUAUCUGCAAUACCUAUAUAAGGGUUGCACAAUAACACUCGCACAACAUUCGCACGCAGAUACACUUUGAUACACAGUAAGAGACAACACAUCAUGAAGUCCAACAAAACGGAAUGCGGUGUAAACGCCAGUUAGAAGCAUGGCAACAUCAAGGAAAGUAAUGACAGUGAUAUCCCUAUAGAGAGCAAAGGAUGUUAGAGAUCGCUUGUUUAAAGUGCACUUGAUGGGUGAUGAGGGCAGGUUCACGAGGAAGGGCAUUCCGAUGUCUUGUUGUGCGAGGAAUGAAUGAUUGAAAAAAGAAACUGGUCGCGCAAUCCACUGGUUUGACCUUAAAGGCACGAUCCAUGCGUAACGAGGAGGCAGGAGUAUGGAUGACCACAAUAAUAUAAAAAAUGAAAAAAGAAGAAGAAGAAGUAAAAAUAACCAUUGCGGAUAAUUUUGUGGAACAUGUAAAGUUAAAAAGCUUGCGACGCAGGGCCAACGUAGGUAAACCCAACUCAUGCUUUAUUUAAGUUACGCUGCUAUUAGGAUGAAAAUUGUCAACAAUAAAUCGAGCUACGCGAUUUUGAACACAUUCAAUGGAAUUCGAAAGAUAAGCCUGGUAGGUGUCCCAGGUGGGUGCGGCAAAUUCAAGCUUCGGUCUCUCAAACGUUGUACAUGCCAACUAUUUAACGGAGGGUGGAGCAAGCCUUAAGGUACGACAUAGGAAACACAAAUUAGUGCGAUUAGCGCCGGCUAUCAUUUGAGAAAUGUGGUUAGACCAAGAAAGAUUGCCAGUUAGAGUGACACCGAUAUUUAUAAGGUGUGGCAUGCUCAAGGAUAGAAGAACCAAGGUAGUAUUUUGAGAGGACGGGAGUAGUUCGCGUAAGCGAAAUAGUUUUGCAUUUUUGAGUAUUAACCGGUAGCAGCCAAGUGGACCACAAACAUGAUAUGUGGCCUUUUCAACAGAUAACGCGGUCGUCUGCAAAGAUGCGUACGGAAGAGGAUAACCCCGAAGGAAGGUCGUUGAUAUAGAUUAGAAAUAAAAGAGGAUCCAUAAAGUAUAAUUGAGCAUUGCGGUAUACCCGAGGCAACUUGUUCGAGUGAACAAUGUUGUGUUGUUUGUAACGACGAACUGCAAUCUGUUACUUAGGAAGUUACGAAUCCAAAUAAGAACGAAUGGAUCGAUGCCAUGUUACUUGUGACGGUGACUUGUCAUGUGAAUUCGUAUGCGCCUGCUGCCGACAGGUCUCACGAGGACUGUUCUCACGCUUUAAAAAAGUGUUUACCGAGCUAGCCCAGCCGAGCUUCACGUAUUCAGACAGCGAUGUGAGCUUCGUAAACGGCGAGGAAAGUAACAGUUUUCGUUUUGAAGACUUGGUACCCAUGACGACACAAUGCAAAAGGUCGCGGCAAGAAUUUUCACGCAACAAUCUGCACGCGAAACAAUCCAUUUCAAAUACAAAAUACGCAAUGGAAAAUGUAGUGUGUACAUGAAAGCAGACCGCUUUCAGAUGUACUGGCUGGCUGGCAGCGUGCGGAUAAUGCAAUUUUCAACAGGCUGUAUGAAGGUUUGCCCAGACGUUGGUUUUUCUCAUUCCUGAUAUGACUAGUGCCUAUCAAGAAAUCAUUUGUGACCCUUAAAGUACGUCUUGCGAGUAUUUACAAAAUGCCUAACAUGUACUUCACAUGUUUCACAACAGCCAAACAAGUGUUUGUUUCCACACUAGGCGACUAACGUACAGACCCUGCUAUUCAUUGUCCGUGAGAAGGACAGACUGUGAAUUCCUUGUGUUGCUGUGACUUGCACCAUCUUUCAAGUUGUAGGCAUAUGGUAGUCUGAUGUGACUAAUGGAUUUUAAGAGCUCAAAAGCGCUGAUUAAAGCUCUGAUUAAAAUGUUACUUGUAACCGCCAUACAUCCCUAGGUUGGGGCUCCAAGCCCCAGAAAUCACAAACAGUUUCGUUAGAAAUAAUGCUGGACGCCUGUGGUACCUCUUGAGGGCAUCGCAACUGUGGUUAAUCAAUUAUGAAUUUUGUGCACGUUAAAAUCAAAGCAUUUAAUUUAGAGGUCAACCGCAGUUGUGCUGCUGCUGAUUGAAGUUAACAUAAGACGCGCACUUAGGUGCCGAUCUCUUAUAUCGUGCAUUCUGACAAUCAAGCCACACUGCGUCCCCUUACUGAACACCAUGACACUUUAUUUCACUGCAUGAAUUCAAAACUGUGCAGUGCUCAGGCUAUCUUUAUGUACAAAUGAAAGCAGAUAAAAGUUACAAGGUCAUUCAAGACUAGCAACUUGAAACGUUUCAAGUGUAACAAAUCGUCAACUUAACGUUCUUCUCUUAAAUGUAAUAUAAAAAGAAACAAAGUUCAGGCCACAUGAUGUGCCAACGUACUUAAUGAGAUUAAGGCUUCACGCCUUUCUUUCUACUUUAUGUUCUCACUAUCGACCAUCUGUAAGCUUCGUUAUUUGUCGACUACCAUCACACAUUUUCGGGCGGCUUCGUAGUGAGAGCUAGGAUUAACUGCGGUAAAUUUGCGAAAGCCCGCCCGUGGAAAAAGUGGCUUCUGUCUCGUUAAUUCUCGACCUACAAGACAAACACAACAUUUCAGAAUGUUUUCAAAGGAUUUGGUCUACUCACCAAGCGCAUUAAUGAUUUGUUGAAUGGCUUCCAAUUUUUCUUGGCUGGUAUCCUUUUGUUCGAGCUCUAUACACACAGGCGCACACAUAGAGAGAUGAUGAUGAUGAGAUAGGGCUGAUGCCGGCCAGUGCCAAUUGUCGAGCUCUGAACAUUGUUUGCGCACACACGAAUGCACCUUGAUUGUUAAUUAAUGUUGUUAGCAUAUGCGUAUAUGCUAUGUAUAUGUAUGUGUGCCCUUACAUUGUAUUGCUCGUAUUGCACCGACAUCUGUGUUUCGCGUCACUACACAUUCCCACUAUAAAUAUUGAAUAGAGCGCGCCUUGCGGUGGGUGCAUAAUUGACUUGGCUUGGUAACAGAUUUCGUAACCACGUAUCAAUGUAAAAAGCAAACGAAAAUUAUUUCUGAUAAAUAAUAUUUGUA